AACUCUAUUAAAAGCGUCGUGAAUUCAUUCGUAUUCAUAUGUAUAUUCUACGUAUCUUAUCAAAAAAGGAACAGUAGAACACCGAAGUGCAAAUGUGCUAAACCUGGUGGUAAAUAAACUACAUGAAAAUAACGGAAUAUGAUUCCAUUAGUUUCAAUAUUAAUUUUUUUGGAAAUGUUGGUAACAUUAUCCUUUUCUAAAGUAAGUAAAGAAAAAAUUUGCGAAUUUCAAGCUGGAGUGGACGCUCUGAUGAAAGAAUCGCAAAAUCACACCUUUGAAGAAAAGAAUUUUGACACCAAUUUACACGUGGAAGCUGAUCCAAAACACUACGACUUCGUUAUUGUUGGGGCGGGAGCUGCCGGUUCGGUUAUAGCAAACCGUUUGAGUGCAAAGCACUACAAAGUAUUACUCUUGGAGGCAGGAGGACCAGAAACGCCAUACACCCAAAUUCCAAAAUUAGCUCACUUGUUGCACAAUACUGAUUACAACUGGGGGUAUUUAACGACUCCUCAGAAAAACACAUGUAGAGGAAUGAUUGAUAACAUCUGCGCUAUAGCCGCUGGAAAAGCCCUAGGUGGUAGCACGGCUAUCAACGACAUGUACUGCACCAGAGGUAACCGUGAAGACUACAAUCAGUGGGCGGCUAUGGGCAACCAUGGAUGGUCCUACGAUGAUCUUCUUCCUUACUUCAAAAAACUAGAAGACGCAUUUGUGAAACCCUUUGAUCCUGUAUACCGUCAUCGCGGAGGGCCUUUUCACAUCGAGCACCCGCGAUAUUGGACCGAAAUUACUAACGGUUCUUUAAGUGCCGGAAAAGAACUCGGAUUUGACAACAUAGACUUUAACGCCAAGAACCAGUUAGGAAUGGGCCGAACCCAACUCAGUACAAAACGUGGAAAAAGACACAGUACAGCACAAGCGUAUUUAGUACCAGCACGUAAAAGAUCGAACUUGGUAAUUAAACCUUUUAGUCACGUUACCAAACUAUUGAUCGAUUCUGAAAGCAAGGAAGCAACUGGUGUUGAAUUUUUCGCGAAGGGCAAACUGUACGCCGCUAAAGCACAAAAAGAAGUUAUUCUAUCUGCCGGCGCUAUCAGCACCGCUCAGAUUUUGAAACUAUCGGGAAUUGGACCGAGGGAAGAACUUGAUAAAUUCGACAUUCCAGUGGUAGCUGAGCUAAACGUGGGCAGACGUUUCAUAGAUCACGUGGCCUUCAUAGGCCUGAGUCUAUUCUAUAAGAACACUACACUUGGCAAAGAAGAUGAGACAGACGAAAUUAUUGAAUACCUCCAAAAAGGAAAAGGUCCUCUCAGUGUACCCGGGUCUGAAACAGUCGCUUACUUCAAAACCGAUGCAUCGAAUCACCGAAAACGUUAUCCCGACAUCGAACUCUUCUUCUACAGCGAAAAGCCAUCCCCUACAGCAAACUCUUUCAGAUUUAAACCUGAAAUUUUAGAAAGUUUCAAAUCCCUAGCCAACAAAAAAAUUUUGCAAAUUGGAGUGAUGUUAGUACAUCCUCAAUCGAUUGGAACUGUUCUUCUGAAAGACAAAGAUCCUUUUCACCAUCCUUUAGUUGAUCCAAAUUCACUUUCGGAUCCUGAUGACGAAGACUUCCGUACUCUUCUGGCUGGUAUAAAGAGGGGGCUCAGUUUCGCUGGUACUGAUGUUUUCAAGAAGAUGAAUUUAGUUGUUAAUGACUACAAAAUUGCUGGUUGUGAAGACCAUGAAUGGGGAAGUGAUGAUUAUUGGAAGUGCGCUAUUAAGCUGCUAACCAUUAGUUUGCACCAUGUCAUGGGUACUGCAAGAAUGGGUCCGAAAUCUGAUAAGGAUGCUAUUGUUGAUAAUAAGUUAAGGGUGUAUGGAGUACAGAAGUUGAGAGUGGCUGAUGCUAGCGUUCUUCCUGUUACUAUAAGUGGACACACAAUGAUUCCAAGCAUUAUGAUUGGGGAAAAAGCAUCAGAUUUGAUUUUACAGAAGUGGAAGGCGAAAGAGGUUCCGCAGGAUUAAGUUUUGGUCCAAGAGCUUUAUUAUAAACAAGUAUACAACAUUUUGAAAGCAGCAGUAUUUAAACUAACAAAGUUUCCUGGGUGUCCUAAUGCUCAAAUUAUUUAAAAUGUAAUGUAAUGCACAGGGUGAGUUACUAAGCGCAUAAUCCUCGAUCCUCAAUAUCUCAUUAAUUAAUCAAUCAAAGUUACUACUACUUUAGCUUAUUUUCUAUUUUCAAUAAUUACUGAGAUAUAGGAACGUGCGACAUAUUUAAAUCUAUAUAUAUAUAUAUAUAUAUAUAUAUAUAUAUACCGCUAUCCAUUGCAUAUUAAAAAUAAAAUCACUGAAAAUGUAAAUACGCAAUUAUGAAUUUAUAACACACAAACUGGUUUUUUCCUGCAAAAAUUCACCAAAAAAUCAUAACAGAAGAUGUAUAUUUCAUUUUAAAAAAAGGCAUAAAAAGUCAAUGAAAUACCACUUGUGCUAAUGUAUUUUACAGUAAGUCGAACAAAUGUCAAAACAUAGAAAUGCAGUAGCACGUGUUGCUGUGGAGAGAACUUAUUUCUUCCAUAUCUUAAAAGACAGUCACAUUUCCUACGCGUCUCAGACAUCUUAAAAUUAUCUAUUCACUACAGGAUAUCUUUUGUUUCAUUUUCUUUAAAUCUGUUAUCGUUUUUACUGCAUUCUGGCGCUGUCAAAAUUACGACAGCAUCCAACUUUUUAAACAGCAACAUUUUUUUGAAAGAUAAACAUUUUGUACAGUAAUAUUUAAAACCUUGUGAAUCAAUGAAAAUUGAAGUAUGAUAUUAUUUUUUUAUUUCAAGCAGCUUCUACACGAACUACGGACAUUUGAGAAAAAUUUGUUAAAAAGAAUUUCAUUACUACUUUUAAGAUUAAAAGUUACUCAACCGGUAAAAAAAAAUAAAAAAUUAAAAGUACCAUCACCCUUUUACACCAAACCAUACAAAUAAAAUUGCUAUUUAAAGAAUACUGAUUAUGCCACAGGUCUGAUAAGGGCAACAAUAUUUUUAAAAACCAUCAAAAAGUCCACGUUACUGUAACCAGCUUUUUAUGCUCAUUUAAAGUGAGCAAUAAAAUAAAUAGACGUUCAUAAAAAACCAUGCGUCACAAUUUGACAAAAUCAACUAUAGAAUUUCAAAUUUUUCGUAAAAUACAUCAAACGUACUUAGUUUGACUUGUCCGAAGGUCCAAUUUUUACUAAAUUUUU